AAACCAUAUGAAGUGGUAUCAAAAAGCAGGUAGAUUUUUUCCGCUACCUACCCGAACUUUCAGCUCUGGUAUAAAUAUCUCAGAUUUCUUGAAAUGACUUCAGUACUUAAAUACUGUCCAUAAUGAAAAUACUGAUCGCUCUGAGUGUGCUCGUGGUUACUGUUGUCGCUCAAAAUGCAUUUGGGCAAGGAGGACUCGGUGGACAAAGUACUCUGGGAGGACAAGGAGGAUUUGGGGGACAAGGGGGAUUCGGAGCAGGAUUUGGCGGUCAAAUAGGAUUUAAAGGUCAAGCCGGUUUUGGUGGCCAGGCAGGUAUUGGUCAAGGCGGAGUAUAUCCAAGUCAAGGAGGAUUGGCUGGACAAGCCCCACCAAACCGUUAUGAACCUGGCUACGGAAGCCCCAUUGGAGCUGGUCAUUUUCAUGGAGGCAAUCCAGUUGGACCUGGCAAUUUUCAUGGAGGUAAUCCGGUUGCACCUGGUAAUUUUUACGGAGGUAAUCCAGAUGUUCACGUGGAUCAUCAUGAACAUCCAGAACAUCACCGCGAACACCAUGAGCCCCACGAUCACCACGGACACCAUGGACACCAUGAGCAUCACGGCCAUCACCGACACUAGUUCAAGGACUAUUUUAUAAAUUUGAACUCAUGAAUUUCCAAUAAUACUUAUACUCAUUGAAACAAAUAAAGUUCACUUCUCCAAGUGACUACUUUUUCUUCAAUAA